AUGGCUGCUCUAGUUAUGCUGUUACCUUUAAUGCUUUCCAUAUUUCUAAUCUCCGCUCUUCCUCAUUCUCAUCAUCAUCAACAACGACAACAAGACUUACUAUUGCGAUUCAAAGCAGUCGUUUCUAAAAACGGCGCUUCUCUGGCCGACUGGACUCUCUUUCAGCCCUUCUGCAAUUGGACUGGUGUUAUUUGUCACUUCGAUUCUCACUCUGCCCGUGCCAUCAAUUUAGCCCAAAUGAGUUUAGAUGGCACCAUACCUCCCGUGCUAGGGAAUCUCUCGUCUCUUCGAUCCCUAGAUCUCUCGGGCAAUUACCUCACUGGUACCAUUCCACCUCAAAUCGGCCAACUCCGAAAUCUAUGGAUACUCAGCCUGAAUGAUAAUAAAUUGAAAGGAACCAUUUCUUCUGUGCUCGGGAAUCUCUCCUCUCUUCGAUCUCUUGAUCUCUCCUACAAUAACCUCACUGGUACCAUUCCACCUCAACUCGGCCAACUCCCAAAUCUACAGAUACUCUUGCUUCACAGAAAUCAAUUACAAGGAGCCAUUCCGCCCGCUCUCUCCGCAUGUCGUAGAUUGUAUGAGCUGGCACUCUCUUUUAACCAACUGCAUGGCAACAUUCCGCCUGAGCUGAGCCUUCUCGCAAGUUUGAAGUACCUCUACUUGGGGACAAACAGUCUCACGGGUACCAUUUCGCCCACUUUCCAAAACCUGUCUGCCUUAGUUGAAUUGGAUAUGGCCGUAAAUGAGCUCUACGGCCCCAUUCCGAGCUCUUUAACAAAUCUCUCAAAAUUGAAUGGAUUAGAAUUACUACGCAACCGGCUAAGUGGACAUAUUCCAUGGGAAAUUGGUUCCAAGCUCUCCAAUUUGGUAUACCUUACUUUAUGGGGAAAUCGGCUUAGUGGAAACAUACCAAACACCUUGGGAAAUUGUUCCAGUCUCGAAAUACUUUCUUUAGACCAAAACCAACUCAGUGGAACGGUUCCAAUGGAGCUUGGUAAGUUGAAACUUCUUACACAUCUUCACGUACACAGCAAUCAACUUGUCAGUGACAGAACCAACACAUUGGCCUUUCUCACUGCUCUUACAAAUUGCUCCCACUUGCAAGAAAUAUCAAUGGCAAAUAAUACUUUCACUGGUAUAUUGCCGCCAUCCAUAGGCCAACUAUCUUCUAAUCUCAAUUACUUUGAUUUAUCAUACAACUGGAUAAGCGGAAGUAUACCCCAACAGAUUGUCAAUCUCACAAACUUAACUUACUUAGCUUUAUCCGGUAAUCUUUUGAGCGGCAAUAUUCCAUCUGGAAUUAAAGGAUUCCGUGAGUUGGAGAGAUUGUAUCUGGGUGAGAACAAAUUAGAAGGAAGCAUUCCAAGCGAGAUAGGUCAAAUGCAACAUCUCGGACUCUUAUCUCUUCGUGACAACCAGUUAUCUGGAAAUAUACCAGAUUAUCUUUGUAGUUCCCAGCAGCUAAGACGUCUUUUUCUUCAGCACAACAACUUCUCAGGGAAGAUCCCUGUUAGUUUCGAGGGAUGUCAGAAGUUAGAGCUCCUUGACUUAUCUCACAAUAAACUAGGGGGAAGGAUACCUAGUGAAGUCAUUGCCAGCCUUGAAAACCUGCAAUUCUACCUCAAUCUUUCAUGGAAUUCUCUGCAAGGGCCGUUGCCACGGGAGAUGAGCAAAAUUGUAAUGGCUCAAGCUAUAGAUCUAUCUGGAAAUCAACUUACUGGUGUCAUUCCAAUCUCCCUAGGAGAUUGCACAGCAUUAGAGCGUCUAAAUCUGUCCCACAACGCCUUUGUCGGUCCAAUACCAUAUACACUCUCCAAAUUAAAAAAUCUCCAAGAAAUGGAUCUUUCUUUCAAUAAUUUGUCAGGACAGAUUCCAGAAGCAGGGGUCUUUCCAAAUAGAACCGUUGCGUUAUUGUUGGUGGGGAACCCUGCCCUAUGUGGCGCAAAAAAAUAUUCAUUGCCUUCAUGCCCUAAUCAGAUCCAGGAAAAGCAUUCCCUGCUAAAAAGAGUAAUCUUAUCAGUUAUUGGAGCCAUUGCAUUUGUAUUAUGCUUCUUCAUUCUAGUAAUACUAUGGAGGCACAAAUUUUCAGGGAAGCCAGUCCGUCCCUCAAGCUUUAUUUUUCAAAGGCUCAGCUACCUAAAAUUUUCUUAUCAAGAUCUUGUCAGUGCAACAUCUGGAUUUGAUGAGUCAAACUUGCUUGGAGUGGGUAACUUUGGGUCAGUCUACAAAGGCAUCUUGAGAGAUGGCAAGAUAAUUGCCAUCAAGACUCUUAAUUUUCAAAAUGAAGAAGCUAUUAAGAGUUUUAAAAUAGAGUGCAAAUUGUUAGGGAGGAUUCGGCACCGUAACCUCAUCAAAAUCAUAAGUGCCUUUUUCUACCCUGGUUUCAAAGGUUUGGUUCUUCAGUUUGCCUCUAAUGGGAGCUUGGAAAAACAUCUGCACCCUCAUAGAGAUGAUGAGGGCUUUUGUAAAUUGGGAUUGAGUGAGUGUUUGAACAUUGCUAUAGAUGUAGGCCAUGGCAUGGAAUAUUUGCAUCAUGAUUGUCCUCUACAAAUUGUGCACUGUGAUUUAAAACCUAGCAAUGUGCUCCUGGAUGCCAACAUGACAGCCCUUGUCACUGAUUUUGGUAUAUCCCGUUUAAUUACUACAAAUUCCAUAGAUUCAUUGAGUACCACAACAUUUGCACUCAAAGGAUCCAUUGGCUAUAUUGCUCCAGAGUAUGGAUUGGGUGGGAAUGUUUCUACCAAGGGAGAUGUUUAUAGUUAUGGAAUUCUGAUAUUAGAGAUGGUUACAAGGAAGAGGCCAAGUGAUGACAUGUUUGUGGGAGACAUGAACUUGCCAAAGUGGGUGAGGUUGGCAUUUCCAGACAGGUUGGCAGAUGUUGUUGAUAGUGAGGUGAUCAAAGAUGUGAAUGAAAACAUGGAAGACAACAGAUGUCUUCUUUCUUUUAUACAUGCUGCUUUGCUUUGUAGCAGUGAAUCACCAAGAGAGCGGCCUUCCAUGAGAGAUGUAGCGAAUGCCUUGGAGAGGCUGAAGACAUCUUUGAUGGGAGGUGCAGCUGCUUCCAAUUUGACAUCUACCAUAUCAGAUCUCCUGCGCAGUACCAACCCCACAGAAGCAUUGGCAUCUGGUAGUCAAAGUUCUACAUUUUAA